CACGCAGUCGGGGCGCGUUUUCGCUUUCGUGUACGGAACGCACCACUGGCUAACUCAAUUCACCAACUCAAUUGUUCUAACACAGUCUGAUGCGAAAGAAAAGAAACCACAACAAAAGAAAUCACUUUGACUUAAGAAAGAACGAUGAUGGACGUUUUCGUUCUAACCACCGCAGGAGCUAUCAAUAAAUACAUCCGAUACGAAUGACUACCGAUUACCGAAUGACACAGGAGGGUUAACAUGCGCAAUUCUCAUACGCUACACUACUUUACUUUUAUUUGAAGCAGCAAUAUUUCAAGAAUCAAUCACAUUUAAGUAUCACCUUUACACGCAUACAAACCUGAUUUCAUACAGCAGAAAUCUCGUCUCAAAGUCUGGUUUCGCCAAACAAACUUCAAACGUAAACAAAGUAGGCUGCAGUUUUAUCGUAUCAAACUCAACUUUUUUAUUCUUCUCGAUCUUCGAGCUAAACAGUCGUGAUUAACGUUCGAAUCAAAUCAUAUCUGCCUUUCAUCAUCAUCUGUGCAACAUUCUCCGAUGGAAAAUCCGACCGCAACGCGCGACGCGCCACCCAGGCCAGAAGAAAGUCAUGUCAGCUGUCCCGAACGGAACGGUGGCGAUUGCACCAUAUGCGGUGAAACCCGCUCGCUCGAUACCGUUUUGGUGGAGAAGGUCAACGAACUGUUUGAAAAUCGUCUGCAGUAUGUUCGGGACAAUGGAAACAAGGACCAUGCGAAAAUUGAUGUGUAUGAGGAUUGGGUGACUAACCUGAGAAUGAUCAAUCUUGAAAUGGUAGAAGUUAUCAAGAAAAUGGAAACUACCUUCCAGAAUAGGAUACCGCUAUUGUCGAAAAAUAUCCGCGCAUCACUCCGUCGUGCGGAACAUGAUAGGAACAAGUUGCGUGACAUUGUUAGGAAAGCCUAUAAGACAAACCGGUGGGAUAUCAGCGGAGUUCAGUUUCAUGAUGCUUCCAUCCAUGAAAUAUUUGGCGAGGGAAGCGCAUCAACCCACAGUGAAAACGGUAACAACGAUGGACAAACAAUAGCGGUCAGCCUUGCGCUCUCAUCAAAUUUUGACAUUGAAAAUGUUCAAAUGGAACAGCUACACCGGGAGUUGGAAGAGAAGAACAGGCAGAUAGCUGAUUUGGAGUUUCUUUUGGAUCAGAUGAUUAGUGAGCGCUCUUCAGAAAUGGAAGUUGAGGAUGCUAAACUACAAAAUGAUGCUAUCAAUAACUUGCGAACGGGAUUAAGCAUGUUGAAGGCUAAACUUGAGUCACGUGAAAAUUUGUCACAGGUAGACAUCGAUGUUGACCGCUAUUUGAAUGAUCUGAAUAGUUUAGAGUCCCAGAACAAGAUAUCAUUGCAGCGGCUGCAAAAUAAUUCGCGGGCUAAGUCAGAUCAGUACAAGGCUUUGUUGAAGGAAAAUGAAGCCCUCCGGGAGCAAAUCUGCACUUUGAAGAAUCAAGUCGGCGACCAGUCGAGUGUCGAUAGCCAGUCUCUGGUUAACGAGGUCCAAGAUCACUAUGAUAAAAAUCGUCGGCUCGAGAACAAAUUGCGACAGUAUGAACAAUCUCUACGGAAGGCGAAUGCCGCCGUGGAGCACAGAGAUUGUGUGAUCGAGAAACUUCGAGAGGACAUUAAAAAGGGCUCUCUUAAAGAGACAUGUGCCAACAGCACUGCUCCCUCGUCCAAUGCAGUGCAGGAGUCACAUUCCUCCGGAUCUAUUGGCUCAUUCGGCAGUGCCAAUUCUGGCUCAUCAGUCGUCUCAGUGAUCGCCGCACCGGUAAUUUCUUCUGCAAGCGUCGACGGCAUGCGAUCCAGUCUCGAUCGUUUAGCGAAAGACAGCAAUGCCGAAACAGAACAGAUAGAGUGUCUCAGGAGUGAGUUGAAUGCUAUGGCUGAAGAGUUGGAACGGUUUCAUGCGACCAAACAAGCACAGAACGAUAUCAUUGUUGCACUAACCGCUCGACUGGAUGCUAAAGAAAGCGAAAUCAAAGUGUUGCGCGAUGAGUAUGAGAACAACAAUAAAAUGCUGUUUUUAAUACGAACGGAGAUCGUGAAGCUUAUCAAGGCUGUUCGGGAAAGCUUGAAAGGUCAACUUCAUUUGCCUCAGAACCUCAAACCAGUGGAAGAAUUCGUUUCUCCGCCGUAUUCCAUCAGCGGGACCGACUUACCGGCGAACGUUUUCGAGCAGGACAAAAUGGUUAUUGGAUCAUUGAAGCAACACAUGGAAGCAAUAACGGCGGGUUGUCUUCUUGCAAACGCAGAAAAAAGCGAAAUCAACAAAAUGUUAGAUAUCAGGAAGAAAGAGAUUAGUGUACUACAAAAAGAAAAAAGGCGCUGUGAAGAUCUCAUUGAAGUAUUUCAAAAACGCGAUCUAUCGGAAUGUACUGCGGAAGACAAGGAAACCUCAAUUGAUUCCGAUAUCAUGACUAUGUCUAGCGGUGAGAUUGCGUCUGAAACACUCACCCAACAGCGACAGCUUAUGCAACAGACUCUUCGCGAUGUGGCGAAGGAAAUCUCCAAUUUGAUAGGAAAGGAUUUGUCGGACGAUUCCUUGAGUGCAUUUUCGGAAUUGGACGCAACCCCACUGCACUUUUUAAUCGAGAACCUCAAGAGGGAAAUCGGGGCGAAAGAUGCGUUACUUCAAGAAAAAACUGACUACACCGAGCGUUUGGAGCAGCAGAUUUCGGCCAAAGAGAAAGAUUUGCAACAUCAACAGAGCUACAGUAGAAAGCUGGAGAAACUGCAGCAAACGCUCCAAGACUAUGAAACAUUGAUUGUAUCGCUCAAGGAGAAGAAUGGGACACUCAAUCAUCAGCUUGAUGAUUUCAAGGAAAUGUUGCAAACAAGCGAAAACAGUAACCGGACGCUAAUUGAAGAGAAUAACUACCUAGAAGAAGAGUGCAAAAAUCGGCUAGUGACCAUCUCCAAUCUGCGUACUGCUCUCGAGGAGACUAAGCGCAGCGGGAGUGCUUCGAUUGAUCAUUUGAGUGAUGUCAUACAAGCACUGCACUCGGAGGUAGCAGUUCUUAGUGAGCAGUUAAACUACGCUUUUCGAGAGAACCUCGCAAAGGAAAGUGAUCUGGAUAAUUGCCGAGAUGCGAAUCUUCAGUUGCGCUGCCAAAUAUCUCACAUGAGCCAGGAUCUCGAUCAGCUGAAGGAGAUAACCGCUCUAGUGGAUGUGAGGCGGGAGCUGGCUGAGGAGACGAAACGGUACACAGCGCUGCUCCGAAAUGAAGCAGAUUAUCUUCGGUCCCAGAUGGCUAAAAUAAGGAGCGAAGUUAUUAGCACCAGACAAUGUAACGGUGACUAUUUGUCGCUCGUCCGGGAAAAGUGCGCAGAAAUGGAAAUGGAACAUCAAAAGGAGCUGCAGCGGAUGCGGGACGAGAUUGAAUCGUUGAGCAUUCAGCUAGUAGGAAGCAGUGAGAUGAGUAAUCAGCACGAACAACUGUUGCGAGAAUCGAAUACGUUACAAAACACAAUCCUGGAGCUGAGCAAUCAGAAUGAGGUACUGCAGAAGGCCAUCCAGUCUUACGAGGCGAACAUUGAACAAUUACAGCAGGAGCUCAGUUCGUUCAAUUUUGAGUGCGGCAAUCUCAAUCGUGAGAUCGAGAUUCUGAGAGCGUCAUGCAGCGAGAAAGACAAUAAAAUAACGUGUUUGAACAGUGAGCGGGAGAAAUUGUUGGCCGAUUUCAAUUUGCAUAGGCGUAUGUGCAAAUGUGGAUUUAACAACAGUGUGAAAGAACGGGCCAAAACGCCGGUGUCGCAUUCAUUGCAGAAACAACUCGUCCAGAAAAGUUUAGAAGCCACCAAAGCUGCCGACGCGUUAAGACAAAAAUCGUUAGACUUCAAAAAGUUGGAAAAUCAAUACGUUGCGGAGAGAAUUCGAUUAACCGAACAAACAACUGAGCUGUUCACACAGAUCGGCGAACUGAAGGGCAAGAACUCCAACUUAGAACAGAGCUUGUUCCACAAAGAGGAACUAAUCGAGCGAUUGCAGCAAAGUCUGCGAGACGUCAAUCGGAGUCUAGCGGACAAGUCGGAGAUUGCUAAAACCACGGAGGUCAAGAAUGCUAGUCUAUCCAAAAUGUUGGAGAAAUUCCAAGAGGAUUCGACCGUGCGGGAGAAAAAACUGGCAGAGGAGUUAAACAACACCCGGAGAAGUUCACAGGAUCAGCGGAACAAAUUGCAGCAAACGGAAAACCAGCUCGCCUUGCUCCGGGAGGAAAUCGAGACGCUUCGGGGGAAAUGCGAGAGUUUAUUGACGGAGAAAAAUACACUGAAAGAUGAAACAACGGAGUUGAAUCGCCAACUGUUUGGUUCGAUUGGGAAAGAAAGUGCACUUUGUGAAAUGCUGAAGCAACUUCAGGAAGAUUUGUCUUCCAAAACGAGUUGUUUAGGGGAAGUUGAAGAAAAUUAUCGGAAGGUCAGCCAGGCAUAUCGAAAUUUGAAGAGUUAUAAUGAAGAUGUUACGAAGCAGUAUCAGAUGGCAAAGAGGUAUUUAAUGGAUUAUAACAAGUUGGCGGAUUUCAAGCGUCAAGCAACGACAACUAUUGAAGAAGCGAGGAAGUGUGCAGUGGAAUCUCGUCAAAGAGAGCGGAUUUAUGAACAGAAGGUCGCUGAGCAGACUGCGUUCAUCGUGCAACUCAAGGAAGAUAGAGUUAGGUUAAUAGAAAAGCUCCAGGACUAUCACCGGGACUUGUUAAUUCUCAAUCAAAAAUUGGACCAACAAGCGUAUGACGACAGGAGGAGAAACACGAGUACUUCACUGCACCAGACGUUUUAUCCGUCAGAGGCAUACAAGUUGGUUCGUUCGAGUAGUGACCCGAAUUGUAAGGAUAGUGAUGAACUAUUUCGGCGGACGCAAUACACUAGGGAAAGAAUACACCGUACCAGAGAAUUCUGGCGUCAGGGAAUAAAGGAUAUUCUGCCACGUAAAUAAACUUGGGCCAAAGCUAGCAUCUCUGGAGCAAAUGUUCAAUUCGUGUUCAAGGGUUUAUGGAGGCAUUUGUAUUUUUGAUAUAGUCCUGUGCUAUCUGUGUUAUAUUGUGUAUAACUAAGUUAUUCGGUUUUUGAUAUAAAAACAUAUUACUUGUCACGUUUCAUUUCAUCCAAAAGAUUUUGUUACUUGAAUGUCAUGAAAGAGUUUACACGAGGCUACUUAUAACACAUAGGAUUUUUUUUUCGAACAGGAUUAAGGUAAAUGAAUAUGAUCUUGGUUUGUCCACUUUUUUGAAUGCGUCAAUGUGUCAAAUCAGGUAUUCAAAUGUUUCAAAACAUAUAAAUAAAAUUGACUUUGUCAUAA